AUGAUAGACAUAAGAAUUGAGGAAGUGAGAAAUUCGAGCGAAAUAGAUCAUUGUGAGUGUUGUAAUUUAUUAAAUGAAAAGAGCAUCGAGUUUGUUAUUAUAAAAAAUAAAGACUUAUAUAUUUAUAAGUUUGAUAAAAAGAAAAAAAUAAAUUAUUUAUUUUAUGAAACUAAAUUAAAUGCAGCUGUUAUAAAAUUAGUUACAUUAAAAAAUGUCUUUCAAAAUAAAAAAAAGAAAAAUAUUUUUUCGGGAAUUUUAUUAAUUUAUAAAAAUUUGCAUUUCAUCAUUUAUAAAUAUAAGAAAAGUCUUAACUCCUUAGUUGUUGUUUUAAGACAUACCUUUAUAAAAGAAGAUAAAUUCCAAUCCUUAUUUUAUAGCCUUCCGCAUGCAGUUAACUAUACACAUAAUUAUGAAAAAAGGAAAUACAAUAGGAAUGGCAUCCAGGGGGCGGGAGUAAAAAAAAAAAAAAGAACAAAAAGGGGUAGCAGUGGAGGUGGUAGCAGUAGCAGUAGCAGUAGCGGUAAUGGAAGUAUCCACAAUUGUAGUAAAAGGCAAAAAUUAGUUCCCACUUCCUACAAACUUGUCAGUUUAAAAAAAAAAAAAAAAAAAAUCAAGAUAUUGAACCUAUUGACAAACAGUAACAUAAGCAGAAGUAAUACCUCAAAUUUCACUUCAGAUUGGAAGAAUAAUCGUGCACAUAAAAAAAAGAGCAGUUCGCAUGAUGACAAGUGUUACAACGACGAACAUAUGUUUCAUCUUAAUUUCAACCAAAAUAGUAACAACAAAAGUAGAAGAGAACGUCGAAGCUUCCAUUUUUUAGAUAGUUUUUAUUCAUUAAAAUUUAAAAAGAGAAAGAAAUAUAAAAAGUGCAGUGCAAACUUUUGUAAUUUCCAUAUAUCUUUUUCAUAUGAUUUUAAAACUGUAUAUACCUUUUUUUAUACGACGAGAGAGAAAAAGCAAAUCAGCAUAGAAAAAUGUAGUAACGAAAAAGGACGUAAACAUGCAGACAUUGUAGGAGGUAUAGAUAUCAACACGAACUACUUUUCCACAGAUCUAUUUUUGGAAAAUGUUACUACAGUUAGUUUAGAACAAAUUUACAAGAAUUUCAUUUUUGUGAAAAAAAUUUUUUUUUACGCGGACAGCGCCCACAUAUUACUUCAGAACGAUGCGGUGAACAUAGGACACACGAAGCUGGAAGACCUGGGUUUGAAACUGCUGAUCGUAAAAAUAGAAAAGGAUAAAUUGGACGUGGUUAAUUUUAUAAGAGACUUCCCGAAUGAUAUACUGGACAUCCUGAGAGUGCAAAACAUCCUUAUAUGUGUAUGUUACGAUUAUGUGUACAUUUUAAAUUUAAAUAACUAUAAGAAAAUAAUUUAUUUUUUUAAUAAAAGUUGUUAUAUGAAUAAUAUUUUUCAGUUAAUAAAAAACAAUUGUUUGUUUUAUGAUUACUCAUAUUUAAAUACAACUUUUAAAAAAUUCUAUUUAUACUAUAAAAAAAAAAAAAUAUUUAUUUUAAGUAAAAAUUGUAUCAUAGAAGGAAAUUUAUCAAAAAAUUUUAAUGAUUUAAUAAACUUAAUUAAAUGGAAAAAAACGCAUAUUUUUAAAUAUACCUUAACAAGGUCAGCUAUUUUUUCUCUUCACAAGAAUGUGUAUUUUUUAUGUUGUUAUGAUGGUAUAUGUGGAAGGGCAGAUAUUACUGUGUUAAGAAAACAGAAUAACAGAAAAGUAAAAUAUGUGAAGGGGAAUAAAAGGAAUGAUUUGAUACUGUUAAAUCGUCGGAAAAGAAAGUUAGCAACAGUAUUAUUAAAUUCUUCAAAAAAAAAAAAAAAAUGGAAAAAGGAUUUUUGUCCGGACCGUCCAAAUUUAACCUGUACAAGUAAUGACAAAAAAUACAAAUGUUCAGAAAAUAGCGAAGGAGAGAAUUCUUUAAAAACAGAUAAAAUUGAGGUGGAAAAAAAUGCGUUAUGUAAAAAGGAGAUACCACCAUUUAUUCGUCAAAAGAGGAACGAAAAAAAAUGCAAAAAAGAUGAAAAAUUCCGAAAAGGCAAAAAACAAAGGAAAUACAGAAAAGUCAGAAAAGUCAGAAAAUUCAGAAGAAACAACAAUUUCUUGUUUGAUUUACUCAACUAUUUAAAUAAAAAUGUAAACGUUAAUGAAUACACGAGGGAGCUCAACAACAACAAGUACAACCUCUUGUUUAAAAAGUACAAAAAUAAAAUAAAAAUGCUCGAAAAUAAUUUCUCUAGAAUUAACGCGCAGGGGAUCAUAGAGUACUCCUCCCCGCUGUUCAUUUUGAAGAAGAAAAAAAAAAGCAAAAAAAAAAUAGAAAUGAAUGUAGAUAAGGAAAAUGCAAAUGGAAGAGGAGUCGGUAGUGAAAACGGACGAGGAAAUUAUGGCAGCACAGCUGAUCUUUUGUCGCAGGAAGAGGGAAAAGAAAAUGAGAACAGAACGGGAAAAGGCAACAAAUACCAAAUGAAAAAUGGAAAAAUUAUCCUCAUGGACAAAAUUAGAGUUAAGGGAUUGCUAACUGACUUGUGUAAGUUAAACGAAGAAGGAAACUCACUAGCUAAAAGCAUCUAUUUUGCUCUUGUUGGAUGUAAGCAACAUAGCACAAUAGAAAAAGUAUUCUUCCAAAUUCCACUAGUCCAUAAAUUGGACCUAUUGUUUGAGGAAGCGGUUACCAUAACAAAUGUAUGCUUCGCAGAAAGGAAGAAAAGAAAAAAAGAAGGAAAAAAAAAAAAGAAAAAAAAAGAAAAAGCUCUUUUUCAGUAUGUUUUAAUUACUUUGGAAAAAAAAAUGAAUGGGGAAAAAGGGAAGAAUCAAAUAAAAUAUUCUACGGAAAAUACUAAUAAGUUAAAUGCAGUUAUUACCAUUCAUGAGGAGGAUAAACCUGUUCAAAAAAAUUGUAAAAAUAGAGAGUGUAUUUUGUUUUGUAUAUACAACAUUUCAUUUUUAAAAAGGAAGAAAGCAUGGGAAUAUUAUGCUAUUUAUGAAAAUAGUAAAAUGAAGAGAUGUUUUUUGCUAAGGCAGUUUUCCAAAAACAUGUGGAUGUAUCGCUCCGAUAUCGGUGUUGUUAACCACGAUGUUGUAAUUAGUAAUAACUUUUUUGACGAUGCGCUCAAUGAUGUUAAUUAUUCGGAUGGUUAUUCAGACACGGGGGAAGAGCAGCAGGACGGGCGAAAGGAACAAGAGGGUGAAGCGGCGGAUGAAGAAGUGGGUGAAGAGGGGACGACAGAAGGAACUGCAUCCAAAUUAGCGAUCGAAAGAGGAAACUGCAGUUGCGAUAAUUUUCUAACCAAUGCUAUGGGUGCACAUAUGAAAGGUGAGGAUAUAUACGGAAAAGUUAUCUACAUAUUCACGAAGGAAGAGGAGGAAGUCGUCAUAGAGGACGGAGUUGACACAGAGUAUGAAACUUUCUUAGAGGAGGACUCGCAGUUGACGGGAAAAGAAACCGUCGAAGAGUGUUUACAAUUUUUUAAAAAUUUUCAUUUUCUUUUCUUCAGCAUUAGAGAUAUAGAAAUGUAUUUAAGGAUGGUCUAUGUUCCGCAUAUCGUAAUGCACGAAGAGGAUAAAUAUGAAGAAAAGAAGAUGCAUUUAGCUACUCAUAUGAAGAAGUUUACUUCUUUUUUGAACGAGCUAAAAGAUAGACAUCCGUUUGUAUAUAACGAAAUAAAGACGGUUGAACAUAUUUUGAUAUGUAGACUGCUCGACUUUUUUUUAUCUGAAAAAAAGGAGCAGAAGACGACGCAGAUGAGGAUGAUGAAGAAGAAGAGUUCAUUAAAUUUAGAGGAAUGCUGCAUAGCUUUAUUAAAUUUUAACCAUAUAUUAAUACAAGUUUGCAAAAAUGAAAUAAAUCUACUUUUAUAUGAAAAUACAUAUAUAUUAAUAAAAAAAAUAAAUCUACAAAAUGUUGUUCUGUCGUGUAAAUUAGUGAAUAGGUACUUAAUCCUUCUACAGGAAAAUUGUACCUGUUCUGUAUUCAUAUUUGACAGUGAUGCAAUAGCAAAAAUUGUCGAAAAAAUUUUGAAACUAAAUUCUAUUUGUAAUUUGUGCAUAUUACAUUGUUUGAUACAUGAUUAUAAAGGACAGCAUUUGAACAUAUUUCAUUUUAUUAAUUUUUUAAAAUGUCAUGUUUUAAAAAAUUAUUAUUCUCAAUAUUAUGACAAUGUUCAUGAAAAGGGAUAUAUUUCUACACUUUUUAAAAUAAAAAAUAUGACCAUGUUUCAUAAUUUUUUAAAAAAGUAUGACCAUGUAAAUGUGGAUAAUAUACUUACUCCUUAUACACACAUAAAUAAUAUUCGUUGUAUUUCUGUUCUUAAAAAAAAAGCGGAUAGCUAUCUGUGCUUUUUAAACAAUGAAUAUAAUUCCUUUCAAAUUUUUAAUUUGGACCAGACACAAACAAUUUUUAAAAGCAAUUCUUUGUUAUGUGUUCCCAAGUUUGUGUACAACUGCGUGAAAAAGAAGGGGACCAUAAAAGGGGAAAUAAACAAGACCGAAAGAGAAAAGAUAAAUUUCUUAAACAUAUAUAAUAAGGAAAAAAUAGUAAACAUUUUUUUUUUCAAGUUGGGCAUGGAUUAUAUCCUAAUUAUUUUUUUAACUGGAAGACCUAUAUUAAUAUACAAAACAUUUGUUCCCAUAACAGACUUUAAAAAAUUAAAAUUUAAAAUAAUUAUUCACAAGUAUGUUCAACCGUUAAUUAGCAAUAUUUAUUUUUUGAAAGAAGACAAUUCUGUUAAGCUAAACAGUUCAACAGUAGUUGUUACCACUUCAACGGAUAAGCAUGAAUUGAACAAUGGAUGUUAUGUACUACUCGAUGGUCAGAAUUUUAUUAACUGUUCAGGUGAAAAUAGGGGAAAAAAUAGGGGAAAAAAUAGGGAAAUAAUGAAGGGGCGGAAUAAGUUGGGAAAAGAAAAAAGUAUUGUUAAAAAUUGUAUAAUUGUGUAUCCACAUAUUAAUAUGGAGAAUAUAACCAUACAUGAUGUCUCGGAUGGCAAUAAGGAAGGAGCUCAUGGUGAAAAGAUAACAAGAUUGAUGAAACAGUAUCACACAAAUUUUCCUCUUUUGCUUUUGUCAAAUUAUAAGGGAAAAUUAUUUAUUCAUAGUGUGGACAAUGAAAAACUGAAAGGCGGUCGGAUUAUUGGUAGUAAUGAUUGGAACUAUAGGUAUACCAGUAUGAAUUGUGAUAUUGCCAAUUAUGCUAAUGGUAAUAGUAUUAAUUGUAGUAAUCGAGACGAUGGUACAACGAAUGUGUUAAGGAGGUGGUAUAAAAAGUUGGAGGGUAGAAACGAUUGUGAGACUAACAUGGACUAUGUUAAAGGUAUAAUACAAAUUGAUAACAAUGAAUUCAUAAGUUUUUCAAAUAAAUGCUUUCACAUAUUUAGUAUAAAUGAUAAGGAAUGCAAUUAUGUUGAUGUGAAGAGAUACAAUCAUUCCAGUAGUUCUGGGCAGCCCAACUAUUGCGACGAGGUAGAAUUAAAAACUGAAGUUACUAAUGUGAUAAGUGAAGCCUGCUCCUUUUCUUUCCAGUGUACAUACAGUAACGUAAAUUUCGUACAAGUACGAAAUAAUUUACUUUUUUUAAAAAGGAAUAAGUUAAUUAAUCUAUCCAUCAAUGAUGAUAUUAUUUCGAAAACGUUUGUUACCCACCCUUACAUUUACAAGUUUUGUGUUUCUAAAUAUGAAUAUAUUUUAAAAAAAGCAAGGAAAAGAGUGAGGAAAGGGGAAAAAAGGGCAAUCCACAAAGGGGGCAAAUGUGUAGAUCAACUCGAUAAGAACGCGGAUAAGAACGUAGAUAAGAACGCGGAUAAGAACGCGGAUAAGAACGUAGAUAAGAACGCGGAUAAGAACGUAGAUAAGAACGUAGAUAAAGACGUGGUUAGAGAAAUGGCCGCAGAGUUGGACAAGAAGUGGGGUGACGGAGUGAAUAAUGGGAACUUGGAAAAUACACGUGCAAUCUGCAGGAACCGCCGAACUCUGCAUACUGCGCAGGAGUGCAGAGUAACGUAUGGUAAGAUCGUGUGUGCAGUUGUUCGAAUAAAGUAUGAUGAAUAUGAUUGCUUAAAAAAAUUAUUAAAAAAGAGGUUAAACAUUCAAAAGGAGGAACUGAAGAAUAAUACCAUAUAUGCAAAUGAAGAAGUGCAAUGUGUUCCUAAUGUAUACCUGAACGACUGCAUUAACAGUCAAUAUACACACAAAGUAAAAAGUUUUUUAAGUGGACAAGCAGAGGAUACUAACACACUGGAUGAUGAAAAGGCAAUAAGAAAGAAUAAUAAAUUAAUUCAAUCAGUGAAAACUUUUGCAAAAUAUUAUAAACUAUUGUUAUUUCAUGAAAAUAGUAAAAAUGUGUAUGGUUAUUACAUUUUUGAGCAUAGUGAAGAAAUUCAAUGUAUAUCAUUCGGAUGUUUAGAUGAUAGAGAAUUCAUUUAUGUAGGGACAGGUCUUAACAUUAAUGAACGUAUUGAAACUCAAGGAAAUAUUUACAUAUUUGAUUUUAGCAAGAUAUUUGUAAGGUAUAAUGAAAGCGAAAGGGGGCAGUAUUUACACAAACAUGAUGUGGGAUCAGAAAUUCUUAGCAGCACGAACCAUGAGGGUAAUAGGAACAUUGAAAUGGUGGGAAGUUCUACUAAUAACGAUAUUAUAAAAGUGGAUAGAUCCAAAGCUGUUGCAAGCACCUUGUUAGAAAGCGAACACAACUUUGAGGUGAGUAAUGAAAAGGGGGGAAAUGUUUUGGGAGAUACUGCAAAUGGAGGAAGCGAAGCGGAUAAUAAUGAAAAGGUGGGAAGCACUCCGGAUGGUAAUGUAAACAGCUUGACUGAUGGUGGGGAGAAAAGGGGAAAAUUAGUUUUGCACAUGAAGAAGACAUAUAACAGCUGUGUUACGCAGAUUUAUCCAUUUUAUUUUUACAGUAACAUUGGCAAUAGCAGUAUCAAUAUGAAUAGCAGUGGCAAUAUGAGUAGCAGUAUCAAUAUGAGUAGCAGUGCCAAUAUGAGUAGAAGUACCAGUAAUAGUAACAUGAAUUACAAAAAUGGCGGCAGAACUGAACAGGGAGAAAUUCUAACUGUUGAGGAUAAAUACUGUAAAGAUAAUAAUAAAAAUAUAGUAAACUGGAUUAGCGGAAAAAACAGGCACAAUAAUAUGAUGAGUACAUGCUACUGCAAUAUUCUUCAUUGCAUAAACUCAAAAUUAUAUAUUCAUGAAGUGAAUGAAAAUGACUUUACAAAAGGUGCUUUUAUUGACAACAAUUUUUUUAUUAGUGAUAUUAAAAUAGUGAGAAAUUUUAUUAUUAUUGCUGAUUUGUAUAAAGGUAUUUAUAUAAAUAUGUAUAAUUAUGAACAACAAUAUGAUAGCCGAAGCAUUAUAUCCAUAUCAAAAACAUUCUACAGCUAUAAUUUAAAUAUAUUAUGUUGUCAUUAUAUAAUUUUUAAUUCCUACAUCUCUAUUAUUGCAAUGGAUGUGUACAACAAUUUCUUCAUAUUUUCGUAUAAAAAUUGUCAAGAUAUUGACCAUCUCUAUAUAUUUAAUUAUUUUAACUUUAAUAGAAGAAUUAUUAAAUUUAUUAAUCUUUUGCACACAAAUCAAAAAUCAAAUUCAGUCAUGUCCAUUUCAAAUGAUGGAAGCAUUCAUCUCUUUCAUCCAGUGAACAAGAAAAUUUUCCUUUUCUUUAAAGAGAUUUAUAAAAUCUCAAAAAAGUACAUUUUCCCAAACUUAGCGUUAAAUGUGUACGCAGAUAUGAAACCUGACUUUUUCAUCCAGUCCAUAUUGCUCAAUCUGCAUAAAAGAUCGGACAGUUUUUUGGUAAAAAAUGUUUUAUUUGAUGAUUUGUUAAGACAAAUUCCUUUUUACUCCUGCGAGGUUUUAUAUGAACUAUUUUGCAAAAAGGCUAACCUGCUUAUCCACAUAACGAUAGGAGAGUUGUUGAACGAGUUGCACUCAUUGAGCGAAAAGUAA